AUGGGACAUAGAAUAGAUCUGGAGAAUGUGGAAGUCUUAAGACGGGGUCUGCGAUUCACACCACAUCGGCUGACAGCCGAGGCGGUGGAGAUAACCAGGCAUUACAGCGUGAACAGAAUGGAGGGUGCGGAGCUGCCGACCGUAUGGAAAGCAGUCUUAAGAAUAUCUGGCAGCAGGGUUAAGGAAGCAGUGGAAACUGAGCUGGUCGAGAUUGAUGACGCGUUGCACAACCCCGUCGCAACUUUCUAUGUAUACUACGAAGCCGACCCAGGGACAAAACUUCAACAUCACCCGAAAGAAUUUAACUUGCACGCGGAGACAACAAUUGAGGUUCGCUUCAGAUUUCCGGUCCCGCCAAACAUGACCGUAGACGCGAGCAAAAGCAGCCAAGCCAAAGCCCUCUCAGAUAUGAUGACCAAAGAACUAAACAGAAACUUCGACAUGAAUCAGGUGGUUGAAUCUACCGUACUGGAAGGCUUCGAGUUCACGGGAUCUCCUGUAAUGUUUCGAGGCAUGGUCAAUUUUAAUCUGUACAAAUUGCAAAAGCGUUUUAUACAAUUUGACUGGACCAAUCCCGUCAACACAUUCAAUCUCUACAUGCGGAAUCAAAUACCGUUCUUUAUGAAGGGAUCUGUCACGACUGCUUCGGUCGGCAAGAAGGAUACGAGUGCUCAAGUUGGACGACUAAAUCCGGAAGAAGCACAGUUAGGUGGUAGAUUUGGAGUCGAUACUCAGCGUUCGGAUAGUGGAAAGCGACUUCUUCAGUGUCUGUUUCUGGUCAGUACAAACCUCCAACACGAACGCUCCAAUCGAGUUACUUAUAGACCACCUGCCACUAGACGGUUUUGGACUCAGUUGGACCACGUGACUAUCAAUUACCGAUGGAAUCGUCAAUUAAAGAUUGUCGUUCCUUCUGGUAUGCUCAAAUCGACUCUGAUCACGCCCGAUUAUCAUUCCGCUCUCCGUCAGCACUAA